UGCAGCGCUAGGACACCCGCCUCCAGGAUCGUCUUGAUAUUUCAAGCACAGCACGAUGAAAGUUCAAUGUACAACCUUGCUUUCAGUGCUUCUAGUCUGUCUUGCCUCCUCCUCCGCGUUUGUGAAUGAGCUUCGAUGCCCCAACAUGAACCAAGGCGUCGCUGACAUGUCCGGAGUCAAGCAAGACUGUCCCUUCGGGGACAUGUGCCCCUGUAAGUCCUGGGAUCGAACUAUCUCAAACCAUCUGCACGAGACUGCCAUGCCUCUGCGGGGAAACGAGGAAGCGAACGAGGACAAGAGCUCGCAGGAGGUGGAGCGGGAGCUAGAGGAGCUCGGGGCGGUAGACAUCAGCUCCGUGGUUUCGCAUCCUCGGGACAACCUCUGCAGGCUGAACGAAGUUUUCCGAGGGCUGAACGACAAGACUUUCACGAUGGGACCUGACCAUGAGAAAUCGAGCCUGUCCUUCUACUCGCCCAAGAGCAUGGCUGACCAAUGGCACUGCCCUCUGCACUCCCACCCCAAGGCGGACAUGUAAGAAGAGAGCGGAGGAGAUGGAGGAGGGAGAGGUUGAGGGUCUGUUGUGCAUGAGAGCAGACGAGAUGAUGGUGGAAG